AUGCCUCCGAAGAAGAAGGGCGGCAAGAAGGCCCAGCAAGACGACUGGGAGGCCGAGCUGGGCGAGACCAUCGACCCGAUAGCCGCGGCCACUGAGGCAGCGAAGCAGGAAGAGGCCGCCAAGGAUGCCGUCGAGGACGAGGAAGAGACGGGCGGCGGCGGCGGUCUGAUGGCCGCCCUGCGCAAGAACAAGGGCAAGCGUGCCAAGAAGGGCAAGGUCGUCAACGACUUCGUCGAGGGCGAGGAAGCGCCCGGCUCUGGCGAUGCGAGCGGCGUGCAGACCCCGCAGCAGGAGGACCUCGCUGCCAAGGCGCCCGAGGAGGCCAACAUGGACGACGAUGACCUCUUCGGCCCCGUGAAGAAGGGCAAGGGCGGCAAGCAGCAGCAGCAGCAGAAGAAGCAGCCGGAGAAGGAGGCCGACGAGGAGGACGAGGGCGCGGGCCGCAUGAAGUCGAAGAAGGAAAAGGAAAAGGAGAAGAAGGAGCGCGAAAAGCAGCGGAAGAAGGAGCAGGCUGCUAAGAAGAAGACCGCUGCGCCCCCGCCCGCUCCCAAGGCCGAGCCCGCGAAGGUUGCUGAGUCGAAGACUGAGGAUGCUCCUGCCCCGGAGCCCGAGAAGCCUGCCGCGGGUGGUAAGAAGAAGAAGCUCAACCCGGCCCUCCUCGCUCUUCAGAAGCAGCAGGAAGAGAGGAAACGUCUCGAGGAGGAGCAAGCCCGCCUGCUCGCGGAAGAGAAGAAGCGUAUCGAGGAGGAGGAGCGCCUGGCCGAGGAGGAAGAGCAGAAGAAGGCCGAGGCCAGAGCUCUCAAGAAGCAGAAGGAGAAGGAGAAGAUCGAGCAGCUCAAGCGCGAGGGCAAAUACAUGACCAAGGCCCAGAAGGAAGCGCAAAGACAGGCCGAGCUCCGUAUGAAGCAGAUGAUCGCCAGCGGCGCCAAGGUUGCCGGUCUUGAGGAUCCUGAAGCUAAGAAGAAGCCCGUCUACGACAAGAAGAAGAAGGGCAAGAAGCAGGCCCCUGCGGAGACGCCCAAGGUCGACGAAAAGGCCGAGGAGGAGGCUCGCAAGAAGCUCGAAGAACUCAAGCUCAAGGAGGAACAAGAGAAGAAGGCCGCCGAGGAGGCCGAGAAGGCCAAGAAGGAAGCUGAGGCUAAGAAGGCCGAAGAAGAGGAUGACCUUGAUGACUGGGAGGCCCUUGCCGAUAAGGAGGAGGGCGUCAACAUGGACGGCGUCAAGGACAGCUGGGACGCUCCCUCCGACGAGGAAGAUGCCAAGCCCGCUGCGGCGAACGGCAAGCCCAACGGCAAGAAGGCUGCGGAUUCCGAAUCCGAGUCUGAGGAAGAUUCCGAGGACGAGUCCUCGGAUGAAGAGGAAAUGACUGCCGCCGAGAAGGCCGAGGCUGCUCGUAAGGCUGCAGCUGCAGAGCGCCGUAAGCAACAGCACGAGGCUGCCCUCGCCGCCCGGUCAAAGGACGACCUCCGCUCCCCUAUUUGCUGUAUUCUUGGACACGUCGAUACUGGUAAGACCAAGUUGCUUGACAAGAUUCGUCAAACAAACGUCCAAGAAGGCGAAGCCGGUGGUAUCACGCAACAGAUUGGUGCCACUUACUUCCCUGUUGACGCGUUGAAGAAGAAGACGAACGUUGUCAACAAGGAUGGCUCGUUCGAGUUCAAGAUCCCCGGUCUCCUCGUCAUUGACACGCCUGGUCACGAGUCUUUCACUAACCUCCGAUCUCGUGGUUCCUCCCUCUGCAACAUCGCCAUUCUCGUCGUUGAUAUCAUGCACGGUCUUGAGCCUCAAACUCUUGAAUCUAUGAGACUGCUGCGUGACAAGAAGACUCCGUUCAUCGUCGCACUCAACAAGAUCGACCGUCUUUACGGUUGGAAGAAGAUCGACAACAACGGUUUCCGCGAGAGUUUGUCCUUCCAGAACAAGGCUGUCCAGAACGAGUUCAGAGACCGUCUCGAAAAGACCAAGGUGGCCUUUGCCGAGCAGGGUUUCAACUCUGAGCUGUUCUACGAGAACAAGUCCAUGGCCCGCUACGUCUCUCUCGUGCCCACGUCCGCCCACACGGGUGAGGGUAUCCCCGACAUGCUUAAGCUCAUCACCACUUUGACCCAGGAACGUAUGACCAACAGCCUGAUGUACCUUUCGGAGGUCGAGGCGACGGUUCUCGAGGUUAAGGUCGUCGAAGGUCUUGGUACCACCAUCGAUGUCAUCCUGUCCAACGGUGUGCUGAAUGAAGGUGACCGAAUCGUUCUUUGCGGUACACAAGGAGCCAUAUCAACGAACAUUCGUGCUCUCCUAACACCGGCGGAGAUGAAGGAACUGCGUAUCAAGUCGCAGUACGUGCACAACAAGACGAUCAAGGCCGCCAUGGGUAUCAAGAUUGCUGCUGAAGGUCUUGACAACGCUGUUGCCGGUUCGCGUCUCAUGGUCGUUGGCCCUGACGACGAUGAAGAGGACCUGGAAGAAGAGGUUAUGGGUGAUCUUGAGAACCUCCUGUCGCGCAUCUCCAAGACCGGCCGUGGUGUCAGUGUCCAGGCGUCUACUCUUGGUUCGCUGGAAGCCCUUCUCGAGUUCUUGCGCGUGUCUAAGAUUCCCGUCGCCAACAUUUCGAUUGGUCCUGUGUUCAAGCGUGAUGUCAUGCAGUGUGGUAUCAUGCUUGAAAAGGCUAAGGAAUACGCUGUCAUGCUCUGUUUCGACGUGCGUGUCGACAAGGAAGCGCGCGAAUAUGCAGACCAGAACGGCAUCAAGAUUUUCGAGGCGGACAUCAUUUACCACCUGUUCGACUCUUUCACGGCUCACAUGAAGGAGCUGGAGGAGCAGCGCAAGGAGGAGAGCAAGAUGCUCGCUGUCUUCCCCUGCGUGCUCCGUCCUGUCGCCGUCUUCAACAAGAAGGACCCCAUCGUCGUCGGUGUCGAUGUCAUCGAAGGAAACCUCAAGCUUCUCACGCCCAUCUGCGCCAUCAAGGAAAACCCCGUCACCAAACAGAAGGAAAUCAUCCAACUUGGUCGCGUGCAGUCGAUCGAGCGUGAUCACAAGCAGAUCGCUGUCUGCAAGAAGGGUCAGCCGUCGGUCGCGGUCAAGAUCGAAGGUCCCAACCAGCCGCUGUAUGGUCGUCACCUCGAGGAGAAGGAUACCUUGUACAGUUUGAUCUCGCGCCAGAGCAUCGACACGCUCAAGGAGUUCUUCAGAGCCGACGUCACCAUGGACGAGUGGGCGUUGAUCAAGAAGCUGAAGCCGAUGUUCGAUAUUCCUUAG